UAAAGAAGCAGCUGGAAGAUUUCUAGAACGUACUGUCCGUCAACACAACAAUUUUCUCAUGGAAUGCGCCUUUGCGAUCUUCAUUGUUUUCGUAUCUGUGGCAGAGGCCUACACCUGGACAAGCAGGUCUCCCACCAACAAUACUGUUUACUACUCAUGUGUGGGCGACGCGGUGACACUGUCCUGGUCAUUCACACUGACAAGUGUAGAGAGUGUCAGUGACAUAGAAUGGUACUUUACAGGGACAGGAGGAAACACUACACUCAUUGCAAGUUAUAUACAAGGUGAGCUGCUACUGUCUCACUCAGCGCCACAACCUUUGACCUUCGUGUCCAAUGCCGGGUUAAGGGUCAGCAACAUCAGACCAGACGACUUCGGCCAGUACUCGGUUCGUGUUGUCAUCAACAGAAAUUCAUCUUUUGCCACCGAAACAGGAUAUGUUUAUGUGCGUGCGCCAGAUCCCCCGACUGUAGCAGAUCGGAUGUUGCACGUGAGGAUGCUGCCCAGCGCUGUGCGACGAGAGUCUGGAGACUGGCACGUGCAGCUCGCGUGUGGCAAUGUGACCUCACGGGGGUCCCUCAACGUUUCUGUGAAGUGGAGGACACCCUCAGGUCUCACCCUUGGCAGCAGCUUCACAGAAAAUGGCGAAGAGAUUUUAAAUGUCAGCCCUGCAGAAGAGGGCAACUAUUCCUGCUUCCUGGACAUUGAUGACUCCACAGCCAGGUGUGUGGACAUCAGUCCCGCCAUGCUGGUCAGUAACGAAGUGCACGUUGACACCUGUUCUGUCAAACCACCUUUGAGCAACUUAGUCCAGCGAGAAAAGCGGGAAAUGGAAUCCGUCUUCCAGUAUCUUGCGAGACAGCAUGACACAAUUCGCUUAGUCAACGGCAGCAGACCUUGGAACGGACGAGUUGAAGUGAAGUACAACGGCAGCUGGGCGGUGGUGUGUGACGACCUCUUCUCCGUCUGGUCAGCCACUGUCGUCUGCACGAUGCUAGGGGUCACAGGAGGUACACCCGAGGUGCGCAGCGAUUCCUUCUACGGUGAGGGCGAGUUGCCGAUCCUGUUGGACGAUGUGAUGUGCCGGGGCAAUGAAAGCAGCAUCUUUGACUGCUCCCACAGGCCGCUGGGUGUACACAAUUGUCAUCGCAGUGAAAUUGUUGGAGUCGACUGUUUGUCACAACUUACAUCGAGUUAAACGAAAACAAGUUUUCAAACAAGUGUCAUCGAUACAACUUCCAACCGUGUAUGCACUUUUUAAACCGCUUUAUCAUCUCUGACAAUCCUCUGCAAACCAAAAGAAUAAAAUUUUUUAAAGAGGUUUAAAAGUAAUUAAGCAUGGUAAAGAAAACAAAACAAACUGCGAAUGUGUUGUCUAUAUGCCAGUGCAUGCCCACUCCUCUCCCAACACACACACUAGACA